CGAAAAGGGCGGUCAGACUCAGAUUAACCCGGCAUUAUUAAUCUAAAACAAGAUUAACACGGCAUAGACUUGGUCAGUUGCAGUUGGUCAACCAACUUGCAGCUGUGCUGCGCUGCGUAUUCGUGCAAUGCAACGGGCCGGCCAGUCGCCUUCAUAGUUCAUACUAUUUGGGAGCGCCUCCAUUUGUUCCGGACCCAUGGCCUGAGCUCGGACCAGGAGCACGCCUCCAAGCUCCAACCUUUGCUUUCCCCAACCAAUUACCUCCUCCUCCCUUGGCUGUCCUCGUCGCCUCCGAUCGUCCCGACUGCCGAUGUGGCUGCAUCUGUAAGCCGGCGAGAGCAGUCGAGGAACCCCGUCGCAGCGAUGGCGGAGAUGGUCGGGUCCAUCGUCGUCGGCGAGGUGGUGAGCCGGACCUCCUCCUUCCUCGUGAGCAGGCACCGGGACCGGCUGAGCGCGCGGGAGUGCGUCGAGCGGCUGGAGAUGGCGCACAUCAGGAUGGAGGCCGCACUGGAGGUGUCCGCGCGGUGGCGCGCCGCGGGCGGGCCCCUGCUCCGGUGGCGCCGCCGGCUGCGCCGCGCCGCGGGCGAGUGCGACGCCGCGCUGAGCCGGUGGAAGCUCCGGGAGCUGCGGGAGGAGGCCGCCCGGGAGCGCCUGGCUCGGGCGCCGCUCCCGGGCCGCGUCGCGCACGCCGUCCUGCGCUUCGUCUCGGCGCUCCUGGCGCUCGCCCGCCGCGGCCGCGGCGGCGAGUGGGACGAGGCCGCCCGCGCCCGCGCCGCCGUGGAGAGGUUCGAGAGGCUGGCCGACGGCGCCGCCGAGUUCCUCAGGUGCGCGGAGUUCAACGGCGCGCCGCGGAAGCGGAGGCCGCUCGGCCCCGCCGCCUGGGAGCUCGGCGACGGCGUGGAGCGCGGCGCGCUGCGGGGAGCUGGAGCGCGGUGCUGUUUCCUGGGGGGCGCUGCUGGAUCGGGGAGCCCGGCGGAGGUUUGGGUGGGAAGGAGCAAGCCUUGCCGCGGUUACGGCAAGCGUAGGGCGUCGUCCGGGAAGAAAUUGCUCCUCCUGGUAUGAACAAGAACAAUGGAAGGCAGCACGCGAUCGGGUUCAGUCGAGUCGUCGGAAUGACAUCACAGGAGGUUCGAUCUGCCUGGAGCAAGCCUGGCCACACUCACUCCAUUUGAGGGUCGGAUCUGCCGGAAAGGGAAAAUUUAGGGCCCAACUUGUAGAACGUGGAUGGUUCGCCGAGUCUAUGGUCAAAUCCGGGUGUGUCUGGUGUGUGCCGUGUUGUUGAGGGCUUCAGGAAUCGGGAUAAACAGAGAAGUCAAAAGUCUGGCUAGCUCUUUUAAUUUGGAGUUUUGGUGUAGCCAUUCAGCCGGUUCUAACGAGAUUUUUUUCUUCUGUAAUACUAAUUAAUCUAGCAUUUGAAAAAAUAAAUCAUCAAAUUCAAGAAUUACCGAAA